CUCUCUCCACCCUUUUUUUUGGCUGCUAGAAGUAGAGGAGAGAGAAUUUUUGUGAUUUUUAAGUUUUGUUCAAUUCUCUUUCUCUCUCUCUUAGCUGCAGCAAUAGAGUAAAGAAACACAGUGUCAGUGAAAGAAGGUGCAUUUUUUCACACACUCCAGAAAACACAGAAACAACACCCAACAAUUUCUUCUUUCUUCUUUCCCAAAUUAAAUUAUUCUUUGCGUGCAAUAAAUCAAAUCAAAUUGCUAUUUCUUUUUUUGGGAUUUCUAGUGUAUUGUGAGAUAUAACACAUUCAUAUUUCACACUUGCAUAACAACAUAAUUACAUACACAAACUCUUUUCUCUCUUUCUCUCUCCUAUCUCUUCUGUGAUUUUGUUUCCACAUUUUGGGAGUUGGGAUUUUUGUUACCCAGAAAAAGCAAAAAAGAAGCAGAGGAAGAGAGAGAAAAAAAAACUCAAAAAUGGAGCAUCGUGGAACUCCGGUGAGAAAACCUCAUACUUCAACAGCAGAUCUGCUCACUUGGUCGGAAAAUCCUCCCGCCGAUUCUCUUUCUCUCUCCUCCUCUAAUCGCCCUAUUCGCAACGUCCAGCCAUCGGAUGGGAUCAGUAAGGUGGUGUUUGGAGGGCAAGUGACGGAUGAGGAGGUAGAGUCCUUGUUGAAAAGGAAACCAUGCUCUGAUAACAAGCUAAAAGAAAUGACUGGAAGCGGCAUUUUUGAAGCUGAAUCAGGAGAAUACGAGGACGAAGAAGCUGAAGGUGCCAACCAAACUCCGAAUAACAAAACUGGCGUACGUAUGUACCAGCAAACCCUUUCUGGAAUGAGUCAAAUCUCAUUUGGUGCUGAUGAGAGUGUCUCUCCAAAGAAACCUGCCACUUUACCAGAAGUAGCAAAGCAGCGUGAACUUAGUGGGAAUCUGGAUAGCAUGGCAGAAGCGAAGUUGAAGAAGCAACUUUCCGAUGCCAAGUGCAAGGAGCUAAGUGGGCAUGAUAUAUUUGCCCCUCCACCUGAAAUUCUGCCUAGGGCUACUGUGCGAUCACCCGCAUUCCAGGAAACAGACAGUGAACCUGUAGUGAAAACAGCAAAGAAAAUUUCUGACCAGAAGUUUGCUCACUUAUCAGGAAACAACAUCUUUAAGGAGGAUGCACCUCCUAAUUCAGCAGAGAAACCCUUGAGUAAUGCCAAGCUGAGAGAGAUACGAGGGAACAACAUCUUUGCGGACGGAAAGGCAGAGUCCCGAGACUACUACAGCGGGGUCCGAAAGCCUCCUGGUGGUGAAAGCAGCAUCGCUUUGGUUUAAUCUGUUCGGAGAUCUAACAUUGUUUUUUUUAUCCUUUACAUUAUUGAUUCGGUGUGUCAUCAUUCUUGGUUGUGAGUAACUUUGACCUUGCAACUGUGGGGUUUGUUCACAUAUUUGGCUUAGGUUUAACUUGUUGAUCAGAGCUACAGACUAUGUGCUAAUUGGGUUGUAAUGUUUAUAUAAACGUUGGUGUUUCAAGUGUCGUCGUCAUAUGUUAAUGAAGUGGUUGGGGCUGUUAAUUUUAUUUAAAUCAUUGACCGAGAUUUACGUUCA